AUGUGCGAAGCUCUCGAAAAACAUACUCAAGCAUGCGUCUUUCCACUUUCGCACAACGAACUCGGUGGCGACGAUCCUCUGCUGACAGUCAUCAGCUAUGGCAAUGUUGCUCCAAAAACAUUCUCAGGGCGUGCAUUUUGUGUUCUGUUUGCUGUGUUUGGUAUACCUUUGACACUGCUUGCUAUUGCGGACCUCGGCAAAUUUCUUUCCGAAAUCAUUUUCGAAUUCAGUGACCGAAUUCAUGCAGAGAUAAAAAGGCGUUGGCGUCAAAAUACGUUACGUAGUCGUGCCUUCAGGGCACAAAAGCAUCGGUCGAGCACUUACAGGCAUAGCGGUUCUAAAUCUCAAACACUGCAUGAGGAAGAUGUCGAUUUCGAACCAGGUCUUCACAAUAGUAUAGUUGAGGUGAAAACGAUUUUUUUUAGCUUGAAUUAUUGA